AUGGAUCCAGCAGCAUUCCCGAUCCGAUUCUCAGACUUCCUUCUCCGAAUUAAACCGAAUCACUACGAGAGGGUGUUGUACAAUUAUAACGUGGGCAGUCCGCCGAAUUCCAAAGGGACCAGCCGGAAGCCGUCCUCUGGCCCAGAGAAAGAGACGUGCUCAGAUUCCCAGUCGGAUACAACUCGGAAGGACCAGGGAUCAGUCACUGGAGAACUUGAUCCAGCUUUGACCACUACCUCAGCAGGGUCUGUGAACUCUGUUACAGAUUCCCAGUUGGACACAUCUCGGGAAGCCCGGGGAUCUGUGAUGAAUGAACCUGGUGCAGGUUUGACCAACACCCCAGCAGUGUCUUUAAGUUCUGUUACAGAUAUCCAGGCGGAGAAAGUUCCGGAAGCCCAGAGUUCAAUCACUGGAGAACCCGGUCCGGGUUUGACCACAAACCUAGCAGGGUCUGCGAAUUCGGGUUCAAAUCCACAGUCAGACACAACUCGGGAAUCUGAGAUAUCUGCGAUUGGAGAACAUGAUCCAGGAAUGACCACCACUCUAAUAGGGUCUCCGAGCUCAGGUACAGAUUCCCAGUCGGAGACAACUCAAGAAGCACUUGGAUCAGCGAUGGGUGAUCUUGCUCAGAGCAUAACCAGCACCCCAGCAGAAACCGCGAGCUCAGGUACAGAUACCCAGUCGGACACAACUCAGGAGACCCAGGGAUCAGCGACUGGAGAACCCGGUCUGAGUUUGACCACCAUCCCAGCAGGAUCUGCGAGCUCAAUUACAGAUUCCCAGGCAGACAUUACUCGGGGACCACAGGGAGUAGUGACGGGUGAACCUGGUCCGGGUUUGACAACCAUCCCUGAAGGAUCUGCGAGCUCAGAUUCCCAGUCGGACUCAACUCGUGAACCAAAGAGAUCAGCGGCUGGAGAAUCUGGUCCAGGUUUGACAACCCGAACAAGGUCUGCGAGCUCAGGUACAGACACCCAGGUUUACACAACUCUUGAACUCCAACGGUCAGCGACUGCAGAACCUAGGCUGGAUCUGUCCACCACCACAGCUGUGUCUCUGAGCUCUGUUACAGAUAUCCAGUCAGACCCAACUCAGGAUGGAUCAGCGAUGGGUGAUUUUGAUCAGAGCUUAACCAGCACCCCAACAGGCUCUGCAAUCUCAGUUACAGAUUCCCAGUCGGAGACGACUUGGAAACCCCGAGGAUCAGCGACAGGAGAACCUGAUCCAAGUUUGUCCACCACCCCAGCUGGGUCUGCGAGCUUAGGUGUGGAUCCCCAUACAACCCACAUAACAGUGACUGGAGAGCCUGGUCCAGGUUUGACCACACCAGCAUUGUUCGCAAGGUCAGGGACGGAUUCUCAGUCUCACACAACUCAGGAUCCCCAAGGAUCAGUGACCGGAGAACCUGGUCCAGGUUUGACCACCGCACCAAAAGGGUCUGUGAGCUCCUUUACAGAUUCGCAGUCAGACACGACUCGGGAAGCGCAGAAAACAGCGACUGGAAAGCCUGUUCCAGGUUUCACCAUCCCAGCAGGGUCUGCAAGUUCCAUUACAGAUUCCCAGUCAGACACAACUUGGGAAACUCAGAGAUCAGUCACUGGAGAACCUGGUCCAGGUUUGACCACACCUCCAACAGGGUCUGUGAGCUCCAUUACAGAUUCCCAGUCGGACACAACUCGUGAACCAAAGGGAUCAGCGACUGGAGAACUUGGUUUGGGUCUGACCACCAUCCCAACAGGGUCUGUGAGCUCCAUUACAGAUUCCCAGUCGGACACAACUCGUGAACCAAAGGGAUCAGCGACUGGAGAACUUGGUUUGGGUCUGACCACCAUCCUAACAGUGUCUGUGAGCUGUGUUACAGAUUCCCAGUCGGGCACAACUUGUGAACCACAACGGUCAGCGACUGCAGAACCCAGGCCGGAUCUGACCACCACUACAGCUAUGUCUCUGAGCUCUGUUACAGAUAUCCAAUCAGACACAACUCAGGAGACAAAUGGAUCAGCGAUGGGUGAUUUUGAUCAGAGCUUAACCGGCACCCCAACUGGCUCUGUGAUCUCAGUUACAGAUUCCCAGUCGGAGACGACUUGGAAACCCCGAGGAUCAGCGACAGGAGAACCUGAUCCAGGUUUGUCCACCACCCCUGCUGGGUCUGCGAGCUCAGAAACAGAUUCCCAGUCGGACACAACUCUUAAAACCCAAAUUACAGCUACUGGAGAACCUGGACAGAGUUUCACCACCACCCCAGCAGGGUCUGCAAGCUCAGCUACAGAUACCCAUUCAGAAACAACCUGGGAUCCCCAGGGAUCAGUCACUAGAGAAUCUGAUCCAGGUUUCAUCACCAGCCCGGUAGGAUCUCUGAGCUCCUUUGCAGAUUACCAGUCAGGUGCAACUCAAGAACCGCAAGCAUCAGUGACCGAUGACCCUGUUUUGGGUUCGACCACCAGCCCAGCAGGGUCAGUGACCUCAGCUACAGAUUUCCCGUCAGACACAACUCGGGAAACGCAGAAAACAGCGGCAGGAACAUCUGGUUGUGGCUUGAUCACCACCCCAAUAGUGUCUGCGAACUCAGGUAUGGAUCCCAAUUCAGACACAGCUCAUAAAACCCACAUAACAGCAACUGGAGAACCUGGUCCAGGUUUGACCACCCCAGCAGGGUCUGCAAGUUGCAUUACAGAUUCCCAAUCAGACACAACUUGGGAAACUGAGGGAUCAGUCACUGGAGAACCUGGUCCAGAUUUGACUACCGCUCCAACGGGGUCUGUGAGCUCCAUUACAGAUUCCCAGUCGGACACAACUCGUGAACCAAAGGGAUCAGUGACUGGAGAACUUGGUUUGGGUCUGACCACCAUCCCAACAGGGUCUGUGAGCUCUGUUACAGAUUCCCAAUCGGACACAACUCGUGAACCAAAGGGAUCAGCUACUGGAGAACUUGGUUUGUCUUUGACCACCAUCCCAACAGGGUCUGUGAGCUCCUUUACAGAUUCCCAGUCGGAUUCAACUCGCGAACCACAACGGUUAUCGACUGCAGAACCUAGGCCGGAUCUGACCACCACUACAGCUAUGUCUCUGAGCUCUGUUACAGAUAUCCAGUCAGACCCAACUCAGGAGACAAAUGGAUCAGCGAUGGGUGAUUUUGAUCAGAGCUUAACCGGCUCCCCAACUGGCUCUGUGAUCUCAGUUACAGAUUCACAGUCGGAGACGACUUGGAAACCCCGAGGAUCAGCGACAGGAGAACCUGAUCCAGGUUUGUCCACCACCCCUGCUGGGUCUGCGAGCUCAGAAACAGAUUCCCAGUCGGACACAACUCUUAAAACCCAAAUUACAGCUACUGGAGAACCUGGACAGAGUUUCACCACCACCCCAGCAGGGACUGCAAGCUCAGCUACAGAUACCCAUUCAGAAACAACCUGGGAUCCCCAGGGAUCAGUCACUAGAGAAUCUGAUCCAGGUUUCAUCACCAGCCCGGUAGGAUCUCUGAGCUCCUUUGCAGAUUACCAGUCAGGUGCAACUCAAGAACCGCAAGCAUCAGUGACCGAUGACCCUGUUUUGGGUUCGACCACCAGCCCAGCAGGGUCAGUGACCUCAGCUACAGAUUUCCCGUCAGACACAACUCGGGAAACGCAGAAAACAGCGGCAGGAACAUCUGGUUUUGGCUUGAUCACCACCCCAAUAGUGUCUGCGAACUCAGGUAUGGAUCCCAAUUCAGACACAGCUCAUAAAACCCACAUAACAGCAACUGGAGAACCUGGUCCAGGUUUGACCACCCCAGCAGGGUCUGCAAGUUGCAUUACAGAUUCCCAAUCAGACACAACUUGGGAAACUGAGGGAUCAGUCACUGGAGAACCUGGUCCAGAUUUGACGACCGCUCCAACGGGGUCUGUGAGCUCCAUUACAGAUUCCCAGUCGGACACAACUCGUGAACCAAAGGGAUCAGCUACUGGAGAACUUGGUUUGUCUUUGACCACCAUCCCAACAGGGUCUGUGAGCUCCUUUACAGAUUCCCAGUCGGACACAACUCGCGAACCACAACGGUCAGCGACUGCAGAACCUAGGCUGGAUCUGUCCACCACCACAGCUGUGUCUCUGAGCUCUGUUACAGAUAUUCAGUCAGACCCAACUCAGGAUGGAUCAGCGAUGGGUGAUUUUGAUCAGAGCUUAACCAGCACCCCAACAGGCUCUGCAAUCUCAGUUACAGAUUCCCAGUCGGAGACGACUUGGAAACCCCGAGGAUCAGUGACAGGAGAACCUGAUCCAGGUUUGUCCACCACCCCAGCUGGGUCUGCGAGCUCAGAAACAGAUUCCCAGUCGGACACAACUCUUAAAACCCAAAUUACAGCUACUGGAGAACCUGGUCUGAGUUUCACCACCACCCCAGCAGAGUCUGCAAGCUCAGGUACAGAUACUCAUUCAGAAACAACCUGGGAUCCCCAGGGAUCAGUCACUAGAGAAUCUGAUCCAGGUUUCAUCACCAGCCCGGUAGGAUCUCUGAGCUCCUUUACAGAUUACCAGUCAGGUGCAACUCAAGAACCGCAAGCAUCAGUGACCGAUGACCCUGUUUUGGGUUCGACCACCAGCCCAGCAGGGUCAGUGACCUCAGCUACAGAUUUCCCGUCAGACACAACACGGGAAACGCAGAAAACAGCGGCAGGAACAUCUGGUUUUGGCUUGAUCACCACCCCAAUAGUGUCUGCGAACUCAGGUAUGGAUCCCAAUUCAGACACAGCUCAUAAAACCCACAUAACAGCAACUGGAGAACCUGGUCCAGGUUUGACCACCCCAGCAGGGUCUGCAAGUUGCAUUACAGAUUCCCAAUCAGACACAACUUGGGAAACUGAGGGAUCAGUCACUGGAGAACAUGGUCCAGAUUUGACUACCGCUCCAACGUGGUCUGUGAGCUCCAUUACAGAUUCCCAGUCGGGCACAACUCGUGAACCAAAGGGAUCAGUGACUGGAGAACUUGGUUUGGGUCUGACCACCAUCCCAACAGGGUCUGUGAGCUCUGUUACAGAUUCCCAAUCGGACACAACUCGUGAACCAAAGGGAUCAGCUACUGGAGAACUUGGUUUGUCUUUGACCACCAUCCCAACAGGGUCUGUGAGCUCCUUUACAGAUUCCCAGUCGGAUACAACUCGUGAACCACAACGGUCAGCGACUGCAGAACCUAGGCCGGUUCGGACCACCACUACAGCUAUGUCUCUGAGCUCUGUUACAGAUAUCCAGUCAGACCCAACUCAGGAGACAAAUGGAUCAGCGAUGGGUGAUUUUGAUCAGAGCUUAACCGGCACCUCAACUGGCUCUGUGAUCUCAGUUGCAGAUUCCCAGUCGGAGACGACUUGGAAACCCCGAGGAUCAGCGACAGGAGAACCUGAUCCAGGUUUGUCCGCCACCCCAGCAGGGUCUGCGAGCUCAGAAACAGAUUCCCAGUCGGACACAACUCUUAGAACCCAAAUUACGGCUACUGGGGAACCUGGUCUGAGAUUCACCGCAACCCCAGCAGGGUCUGCGAGCUCAGAAACAGAUUCCCAGUCGGACACAACUCUUAGAACCCAAAUUACAGCUACUGGGGAACCUGGUCUGAGUUUCACCGCAACCCCCGCAGCGUCUGCAAUCUCAGCUAAAGAUACUCAUUCAGAAACAACCUGGGAUCCCCAGGGAUCAGUCACUAGAGAAUCUGAUCCAGGUUUCAUCACCAGCCCGGUAGGAUCUCUGAGCUCCUUUACAGAUUACCAGUCAGGUGCAACUCAAGAACCGCAAGCAUCAGUGACCGAUGACCCUUUUUUGGGUUCGACCACCACCCCAGCAGGGUCAAUGACCUCAGCUGCAGAUUUCCAGUCAGUCACAACUCAGGAAACGCAGAAAACAGCGAAUGGAGGAUCUGGUUUGGGCUUGAUCACCACCCCAACAGUGUCUGCAAGCUUAGAUUCCCAGUCGGGCACAACUCGUGAACCAAAGAGAUCAGCGACUGGAGAACCUGGUCCGGGUUUGACCACCCGAGCAUGGUCUGCGAGCUCAGUCACAGAUACCCAGGUUUACAGAACCCUUAAACCUCAACGGUCACCGACUGCAGAACCUAGGCCGGAUCUGUCCACCACCACAGCUGUGUCUCUGAGCUCUGUUACAGAUAUCCAGUCAGACACAACUCAGGAGCCACAUGGAUCAGCGAUGGGUGAUUUUGAUCAGAACCUGACCGGCUCCCCAACAGGCUCUGUGAUCUCAGUUACAGAUUCCCAGUCGGAGACGACUUGGAAACCCCGAGGAUCAGCGACAGGAGAACCUGAUCCAGGUUUGUCCACCACCCCUGCUGGGUCUGCGAGCUCAGAAACAGAUUCCCAGUCGGACACAACUCUUAGAACCCAAAUUACAGCUACUGGGGAACCUGGUCUGAGAUUCACCGCAACCCCAGCUGGGUCUGCGAGCUCAGAUACAGAUACCCAGUCGGACACAACUCUUAGAACCCAAAUUACAGCUACUGCAGAAUCAGAGUCUGGUUUCACAGCCACCCCAGCAGGGUCUGCAAGCUCAGGGACAGAUACCCAUUCAGAAACAAGCUGGAAUCCCCAGGGAUCAGCAGCUGGAGAACCUGGUCUGAGUUUCACAGCCACCCCAGCAGGGUCUGAUAGUUCAGGUACAGAUACCCAUUCAGAAACAAGCUGGGAACCCCAGGGAUCAGUCACUAGAGAAUCUGAUCCAGGUUUCAUCACCACCCCGGUAGGAUCUCUGAGCUCCUUUACAGAUUCACAGUCAGACGCAACUGAAGAACCACAAUCAUCAGUGACCGAUGACCCUUUUAUGGGUUUGACCACCACCCCAGCAGGGUCAGUGACCUCAGCUACAGAUUUCCAGUCAGACACAACUCAGGAAACGCGGAAAACAGCGACUGGAAAGCCUGUUCCAGGUUUCACCAUCCCAGCAGGGUCUGCAAGUUCCAUUACAGAUUCCCAGUCAGACACAACUUGGGAAACUGAGGGAUCAGUCACUGGAGAACCUGGUCCAGAUUUGUCUACCGCUCCAACAGGGUCUGUGAGCUCCAUUACAGAUUCCCAGUCAGAUACAACUCGGAAGGACCAGGGAUCAGCAACUGGAGAACUUGAUCCAGCUUUGACCACUACCUCAGCAGGGUCUGUGAACUCUGUUACAGAUUCCCAGUUGGACACAUCUCGGGAAGCCCAGGGAUACGUGAUAAGUGAACCUGGUCCAGGUUUGACCAACACCCCAGGAGGUUCUGCAAGUUCCGUUACAGAUUGCCAGUCAGAAACAACUUUGGAAACCCAGGGGUCAGUCACUGGAGAACAUGAUCCAGGAAUGACCACCACCCCAACAGAAUCUAGGAGUUCCUUUACAGAUUACCAGUCAGAGUCAACUCAAGAAACACUUGGAUCAGCGAUGGGUGAUCUUUCUCAGAGCAUAACCAGCACCCCAGCAGAAACCGCGAGCUCAGGUACAGAUACCCAGUCGGACACAACUCAGGAGACCCAGGGAUCAGCGACUGGAGAACCCGGUCUGGGUUUGACCACCAUCCCAGCAGGAUCUGCGAGCUCAAGAACAGAUUCCCAGUCGGACACAACUCGGGGACCACAGGGAGUAGUGACGGGAGAAUCUGCUCCAGGUUUGACAACCACCCCAGAAGGAUCUGCGAGCUCAGGCUACGAACGUAUCAGUCACCAAUCUGUGGACACUUUCUUGAGGUCCAAGAUCCGUAUGGUCCACGCCCUCUGGAUCUCCGUCAUCUUCCGGUGUAGUGUCACUCUGCAGACUGAUCUGAAUGCCAGAGGCCGGACAGGUGUCUGUUUUCUCUUUUUGUUCCUGGACACGAUGGAAAUCCCCAAUCUGAGCAAACUUCUCCACCGAAGGCAAUUUCGAGCCCUGCUUCGCCUCGCCUCUGCCUCUGGAGCCCUGCUUCGCCUCGCCUCUGCCUCUGGAGCCCUGCUUCGCCUUGCCUCUGCCUGGAGCCCUGCUUCGCCCUGCUUCGCCUUGCUUCGCCUCGCCUCUGCCUCUGGAGCCUUGCCAUAA